AUGGUACUGCCAAUGGGAGUUGCGUUCGCAGCUCACGUGGAAGUGCAAGCAGCAACUGGAGAAGACAGACAGUCCACCUCCACAGGUUUACAGGAGGAUGGAAAUGGAAACAACAGAUCACAGCCACCGAAGGGGAGAGACCGUAACGGCCAGCAAGUCCCCAGGGAGCCCUACAAGCAGACACAAGCCGUUACUUCUUACUCCAACGAAGGAACUCAGGUGACAGUGGAGAUACACCCCAGAAACACCACCCCACAGCUGCUCAAGAAACUCUCCUUCGGAAAAGGUCUCCGAAAGCCCAGUCUGAGAGGCCAGGACAAUAAAGGUUUCCAAAAGACUGAAGCCCCACGGCCACCAAGUGGAAAAGACCUGCACGCAUAUCCAUGGGACAAAUCCUCUUUGAAAUCCAUGCCAGUAGACCUGCAGCAAUUUGAGAAGCUGGAUGCCUACGCAUUAAAAGUAAAUGUCAAGAACAGCAUAGAGGAGCUCGUUACAGCCCUGCUUAAACAAGCCCGGACAGACCUGGAGAAAGUCCGAGCCAUUUGGAUAUGGAUAUGCCACCACAUAGAAUACGACGUAGUGGGCUACCAUAACAAAAGCCAGCUGUCGUGCAAACCCAUAGAUGUGCUUCAGACGGGNAAGAGCGUUUGUGAGGGAUACGCUGGGCUCUUUGAGCAAAUGUGCAGCAUUGCAGGAAUCCAGUGCAUGAAGUUAUCGGGAUAUUCUAAGGGGUACGGGUACAAGAUGGGGCAGACCUUUACAGGGGACUCUGACCAUGCCUGGAAUGCUGUCUAUCUUGAUGGAAGGUGGCAUUUACUCGACAGCACCUGGGGAAGUGGUUCUGUUGAUGAUUCUUUCAGCAAGUUCACCUUCAGGUACAAUGAGUUUUAUUUUCUGACCCACCCAGCUCUAUUCGUUAACAAUCACUUCCCAGACAACAGUAACUGGCAGCUUCUUAAACCAGCUCUGGCACUGAAAGAUUUCGAGAACAAUAUGCUGCACAACAGUAACUUCUACACGAUGGGCCUGCUGGCUGCACACCCAGAGACAGGGGUCAUCCAAACAGUAAACGGAAAAGCAGCUAUAUCGGUGGAUUGCCGUUCUUCUAUGUUAUUUACAUUUAAGCUGAAGGGAAUACAGGAGCAUGGUUUAAUGACUUUGAGAAAACAUGGAAUGACGCUGGAAGUCUAUCCCCAGAAAACAGGCAGUCACAAGCUGCAGAUCUUUGCCAAGCCCCCCAAAGCCUCAGAUGAUGUCUACAACUGUGUGUUAGAAUAUGUCCUAGAGUGCAAGUCUGUGGACAAGAGCACACGUUUCCCAAAGGACCUGCAUCAGCCUGUUGGACCAAGCUGGUUCUCAGAGCGGCAAGGAUUCCUGAGGCCGUCACACCCUGACCCCAUCAUUCACACCAACGACGGGCGAUGUUCCGUCACCUUCACCCUGGGCAAAGACAUAAGCGUCUUAGCCUCACUGCACUCUGAUAACAGCAGCCUGACAGAGGACAUGAGAAGGCGGCACAUCAUGCAAAUCCAUCGUGGGAACCAAAUUGAGUUUAAGAUCCAUCUCCCCCACGCAGGGAACUUUGUUCUGAAAAUCUAUGCCAAGAAGAAGUCAGAUCCUGGCAAUUACGACUACAUCUUCAACUACCUCAUCUCUUGCCUGAACACUGACGUGAAGUGGCCAGCUUUUCCUCAAAGUUACAGCAAGUGGGCGGAAGACUAUGAAAUACUGGAGCCGCUCUCCGGCUUGCUGCCAGCGAAUCGCAACGUUCAGUUUAAACUCAAACUGCAUGGGAUAGCAAAGGUGCUCGUUCAAGCCGACAACACUUAUCCUCUGACCCGGAGCAGAGAUGGCUACUGGGAGGGAACCUGUAACACUUCUGGAUGCACAGAGGUGUUUGUUAUGGUGCACGAGAACGCUAACCACAGUUUUUACUCGCAUGUUCUGAAAUACGAAGUGGAGACCCAGUAACACUCCCUUGUUCUGUGACUCACCUGCGUGAAUUUUCAACAUGCCUAAAACCGGCUUUAUGAGAUUGCUAGUUGUUUCCGUCUAAUUUGUUCAUUCAACAAAUGCAGAACAAUACUUACAUGGUCUUUGCGAGACCACGGGCUCAAAGAAGUUCAAACAAACAGAAAAAUCCAAACUGUUACGGAAGGAGCAGCAGUGGAAAAAAUUA